AUGGUCUUGGCUCAGGAUUCUUCAUCCCUAGAGUCAGAAAUUGGUCAGCCCUUGGAGGACCGUUAUUGGCAGUCAGGAGAGGAACUUGGCGCCAUUCAGACUAGCCACUCUGGCCAAACGUUUUCCCAGGAAUCUCGGAGUCAUAGUGUUGAGCGUUCUGAGCAAGAACAACGAAGUGAGCUUCACGAUACGUCACAUACCUCUUACUUGUUGUCGCCUUUCACAUCUACUUUGUUGCCCCGCUACUCAGAAGGUCCUUCAAAGUGCCUCGGACGCCGGCUAUCAUUUACGAGGAAUAUAACGCCGGAACAUUCACGCCGUCAAUCUCGGGAUGACGCUACAGCCCAUAUCUUGAGCUUCAAUCAACAAGAGGCAUCUGCUUUCGUCACUGGCAGUGACGAUACUGGCACUGAUCUGGCUUAUGCGCAAGCAGUGUCCAGCCGACGGCAGUCUAUUGCUAGCCAUAUUCACGGCUCAUGCAAUACGUCGCAGCAAACUAAACAGCCGGUUCUUGAAUCUGCGAAGACGUCAUGGAUCCGAAAACUGUCGGAUAUCAAUCUGGAGCUUCAUCAACAUAUGUUGUCGAUUCCUCCCAUCGGAGCAAGGCAAAGCGUGUGGACAAGUAACGACCCAAAUUCCAUCCAGCACAAGAAGGAACUCGCAGUAGACCGUACAUUUAAACUCGCCAACAAAUACACGGAAAUCUUGAAUGAAAUUGUUUCUCGAUUCAAGUCGUGCCAGGCCUAUACCAGGCCAACAACGGACUCUCUGGCGUUAGACCAACCUUCACAGCUUCUUGUGUUAUGCAGCUACCUGUGUCUUGUCGAGUUGUUCGACAAGGCCUUGCAGCACAUCAAAAGAUGGACCGAGGUUCGGUUGAAAAUGGGUCUGUCUGCUUCCGAUCAUUUUCCAAUUCAUCUACCAGGUUUGGCGAUCGGCUCCUUCAAAUUACCCACAUCCUCGUCGAUACAGCCGCUCAUUCUAACGUGCAUGAUUGAGGCGACGAUACGGCACAUGCACAGUUUAGUUGGCGAUAUGAUGACGCCUUCAAAUACUGAGAGCUGGAAAGAAAGAAAUCCUACUACAGCUACUGCUGAGCAAGACACCAGUGCUAGGGGUGAACUCAGCAGCGUGGCUAAAGUAACGCUACAAGCAAUAAGAGCCAAGGAAGAUUCUACAACAGAGCUCAUCCAACAAACCUGGAAACUUGCUCUCCGAUGUGAUGUCCCUUGA